AUGGUCGUUUUGCAAGGUAUCAUCUGCGCUUUCACAGAAGCAAAUAUGGGAGUCAACACCAAGGCCAACGGUCAGUACGCUUUUGUGAUGCUCUACAACAUCGUCUAUGGAUUUACAUGCGGUCCAAUGCCCUGGCUUCUUCCUGCAGAAAUCUUUCCACUAUGCCGCCGCAGCAAAGGCAUGGCUCUUGCAACCACCAGUAACUGGAUCUUCAACUUCAUCAUUGGCAUGGUCGCGCCGGAUGCCUUUGCUGGCAUUAAUGGCUACUUCUAUCUGAUCAUAGCCGGAUUUUGCCUAUUCUCUGCUGGUAUGACAUACUUCUAUUAUGUUGAGACCGCAGGUCAUACACUUGAAGAGAUUGCAGUUGCUUUUGGAGACAAGGCAUUCGAAGACGAUGAUCAUAACGUCAUGCAGAUUGUGAACUGGCCAGACGAAAAAAGGAGACCCAGCGUGACUCAGGCAUGA